UAUACGCCAGGUCGGAGUUUAUCCUCCAACUGAAUCAUGAUCUCUGAUCUCUGCCCAUCGAUGGAGGCGCAGUAGCCCGGCGACGAGUCCGGCAUGGCCGACCUCGCCGCCCGCCUCACCAAGCGACUCUGCGACGCCAACAGCGGUAAGAACCUGGUCUUCUCGCCGCUCUCCAUCUACGCCGUGCUCGCGCUCCUGGCCGCCGGCGCCGGCGGGGACACCCUGGAAGAGAUCCUCCGUGUCCUGGGCGCGCGAUCCCGCAGCGAGCUAGAGGCCUCCGUGGCGCGUCUCCGGGACGGGCCCCUCAGGGACAGAUCGGAGUCCGGCGAGCCGAGCGUGGCGUUCGCGUGCGGCGUGUGGAGCGACCUGACGUGUCCGCUGAAGCAGGCCUACGUCGACGCCGUCGUCAGCAGUUACAAGGCCGAUGCCGCCGCCGUCGAUUUCCUAAGAGCUCCGGAGCAAGCGACGGCGCAGAUCGACGCGUGGGCCGCGGCGGCCACGAGGAACCUCAUCCGGUCCGCCGUGCCCCCCGGAGCCGUAGACGAGGACACGAGGGUCGUGCUGGCCAACGCCAUCUACUUCAGGGGCAAGUGGCAAGUGCCGUUCUACGAGAGCUCGACCAAGAACAGGCCGUUCUACCGGCUGGACGGCACCGCCGUCGACGUCCCCUUCAUGUCGAACUACGGCCGUCACUUGAUCGCCGAGCACGACGGGUUCAAGGUGCUCAAGCUACGCUACAAGAGCAGCUCACCGCCCUACACCAGCAUGUGCAUCUUCCUCCCGGACGCGUGCGACGGCCUGGGGAGCCUGCUGGAGAGGAUGACGUCGUCGCCAGGCUUCCUGCGAGAGCACCUGCCGACGAGCAUGGCCGUCGUCGUUGAGUUCGGGGUGCCCAAGUUCGAGCUCACCUUCGAGGGCAGCGUCACCGACGUGCUCAAGGAUCUGGGGCUCGCUCUUCCUUUCGGCGAAGGCGCCGACCUCUCGGAGAUGAUGGAGGACAUGCACGUCCAGGUGCAGGACGGUCUUCCACAAGGCCGUCAUCGAGUCGAGGAGGGGUCGCACGCGGUCCUCUUUGCGGGGCAUGUUGUCGACCCCGGCAAUGGCGCCGGAGCGGUGAUGCCGUCCCCUCCUCCUCCUUUCGCGGAGCGCAACACAGCAAUGAAGCGGAUACUAGAGUCUGAUAAGGUGAGUGAGGCGAUCAACAGAUCCAAGCGUGCGUUCUUCGAUGAUGGCCCGGAGUCGCCGGUGUUACCUAUUGCUCCGUUUAACUGUCCGACGACAUACCCAGGACCGCCGUACAGAAACCUCCCUUCACAAAAUCCAGCAUAUCCACGACCACCAAAAAUGCUAGACUUGCGGGGCACCGUAAGGAGCUCAGCCUACGGAAGGAAGUCACGGGAUGAGGUGUUCUAAGUCUACGGAAGGAAGUCACGGGAUGAGGCCAGCUGUGGAGGUUUUAGAAGAAAACCGCCGCUUUCCUAGGAGAAAUCAACUCAAAUUGGCUCAAAGAAUUCUUUGUUGCAGCCUCCCGUCGGUGCCAUCCCCGCUGCUGCCACCAAGCCCAGCCGCCCGGCCUUCUCUCUCAUGUAGAAGUUAUUUUGGUGCUUUGUUGUUGCUUUUUCUUUUAAUCCCAUGUACCCUUAUUCAAACUUG